AUGCUGGUGGGUCUGAGUGCUGAAAAUAAAAACAAGAAUCGAUACAAAAAUAUAUGUGCAUGUAAGCUGUAGUAAUACUUUCGUGAUUAAAAUGCAGCAACACACAUAUUCGUACUAAUGCAUUGUUGAUAUGUUAUAUAUGAUCAUGUUAAGAAUACUUUCCCCGUCCAGUAAAUAUCACUUUAUUUUCUUCCGAUUUGCUUUAAUCGAAGUCGCUCUGUUUAAGCUCAGCCUACGCCAGAUUUCCAGUCAAAUGUAGUCAAUGAACUGUGUAAUGUAGUCAGUGAACAGUCUAAUGUAGUCAGUGAACAGUCUAAUGUAGUCUGUGAACAGUCUAAUGUAGUCAGUGAACUGUCUAUCGUAGUCAGUGAACUGUCUAUUGUAGUCAGUGAAUAGUUUAAUGUAGUCAGGGAACAGUCUAGUGUAGUCAGUUAACGGUCUAAUGUAGUCAGUGAACAGUCUGAUGUAGUCAGUAAACCAUCAACAGUAGUUAGUGAACAGUCUAAUGUAGUCAGUGAGUAGUUUAUGUGGUAUGUAAACAGUUUAAUUUAAUUAGUGAAGAGUCCAGCACCCAAAUAUUAUGUAUGAUUUAGAAGUAUGAAAUAAAUUCUUCUGAAACCUUCAUAAAUCGCAAAAUCUGGCCUGCUUCAAUCCCGGUGGGGACAUUUUAAUUGCUUUUGUGUCUAAGAAAAUCGUUUUAAAGGAUAGGUGCGAUGCCCGAAACCUCUUUCAACAUCUCAACUAAACAUACGCGAUUUUAAUGAUUCAUAUUCUGGUAGAAAAAACACGACAACCAACAGAAAUGAAUGGCACUCUUCAUCAAAAAAAAAAUAAAGCACAGUUUAUCCACAAUAUAAAUAUGUGAAAAUGGUAUACGCUGUUGUUGGAUAUUUAUAAAUUGAUGUAAAAAAUAUUGAAGAGACAGAUGCAUAUUCCAACUGUUAACAAGCCAGGCCAGAAGAUCUCAAAAUAAAUGAUGCCAAUCCUCGUAGAUAGCAACUUCCAUGUGAGAUUUAAGAGCAGAACUAAAGAAGAGCAAAUCUUAUUUGAAUAAGAAUAGUUUAAUCAACAACUGGAAAUACAGAUCAGACAUAGUAAAGAAAAUAACCUUUUUUGGAAGCAACUUAACUGGUGUACCUAAAUUUUAAUUCACAAGCUCAACUGAACAUCAUCAAGUGGAAGAACGCACGGCUAGAUUUGAGACAUCAUCAGUAAUAGAAAAUUAAGGCACUCACUGUAGUUAGUCGGAGUGGUGCGUCACGCUUUCAUGUAAGUAGUAGGAUUCAAAACUUUUAAAACCGGAGCCAGAAUAAUCAAUACGUUGCUCGUGAGUCUUUAAUAUAUAGAAGAAGAAACUCAAAUUCAAGAAUGCAAAAUUAGAUAGUAGCAAGACAGGAGCUGCAAUGACAAAACAGAAAGAGCAUGCGUCUGCUAAAAGAAAGAAGAGACGUAUCAUCACUGAGGAGGUAGAUCGGUUAAACGGGUACAUGCAAUAAUUGAAAAUAUAUUCAAACUGCCACAAACUCCAACACCGACAAACGUUCUUGGAACCAAAGAGGACUUAAGUAUUAGUCCCGGUCAUGAAAUAACUGGAGCUUUACACAAAAAUUAGGGCGUCACCAUUAGAUGAAAACAAUUUCUUGGUGACCAUACACCAUGCAAAAGAUAUUAGUAAAAUACAACUAAGCUAGAUUUUUAGUUCAACAACAAAAUUGAUAGUCGAAUCUGCAAUCGAAUAUUCAAACGAAUCUGCGAAAGAUCAAUGAGACUAGAGAUGAUUCUAUGAAAUGAAAAGCUGGGCCAUAAAAUAUUUUUCACACCCGAUGGAAUAUAAAGGGAAAAACCUUUUCCACCUCAACAUCCUAUAGCCAAAAGUUUAAGUACCAAUCGGCAUACGCAAAUGAAAUGAAGAAUGAUCAUAUGAGGAGGAAUUUUCUUUACUUUCUAAGUAGACUACCAACACCUUUUAAUGGCAAUGAUUGUAAGAAAUAGCUAUCUCAGGACUGUAUAAUAUAGAUUGUUUCUUUAUUCCUUAACUGAACAUUUAAAAAAUACCUAUAAACUAAGAGAACCCAUUUAAAUGAAACAUAUUGUUUUUGAAUAGUUGAAGUAACGUGUAUAUAUGAUAAAUUACUAUUAAUAAGCCUGCUAUUAUUUUAUUGCAUUUCAUUUAACAACUUACAAUGAUAUAAAAAACUAUUCCUUUUAUUUGUACACACAGACGAUCACUCGAGGGUUCACUUGGAAGCUGACACAAAGAAAAUGCACGGAGAUUAUAUCAAUGCUUCCUACUUACAAGUAAAUAAUAUUAGUGCUGUGAUAAUAUUUAAUAAUAUGUAGUAAAUCUAGUGAUCUGUCACAUUGAUCGGUUAGUGAGAGAUUUUAAAGUAAUGCAAUAAACCAAUAGCGAGCAAUACCAAUGUUUGUGGAAUUUUUUAAACGAAAAAAAUACAUACAAUGUGUAUACCCCUUAGUUAUUAGUCAAUGUACAACAUGGGACUAUAAGUUGAAAGCAUUGUUCCGUUAGGAAACUUGCACAUUGGUCUUAAAACUUAAAACUCAAAGCAAAUAUAUAAUAAUAAAAUAUAUAAUAAAUAACAUUUUCAUGUUUCUUUUUUGUAAAUAUUGUAUUAUAGUUUUGACCAUCUUUAAUCUCCACCACGUUACGAUUAUGUGUUAUUGUGUAUGCCUUUGUCUCUUGUCAAGGCGUAAGUUUAUGUGGUAUGAAUAGUUUAUUUUAUUACUUUUUUCUUCUAUUCUUGAAAGUUAUAUCCGAUUUCAUUCAUUUCAAAAGUUCCGAGGGAAAAAAAAUAUUAAUGUAAAGUUUAUAUUUUAUACGUCUCUAAAUGUUUAAGCUAAUUCAGUGAAAAGCUUUAAAUUUUAGUUAAAUUAAUCGUGUCAAAAAAAUCAUCUGCGUUUUAUGAAAAACAGAAAAUGUCAUCUUCUUUUACAGGGAUACAAGGGAGAGGAAAAGUUUAUAGCAUCUCAAGGUAGGGGGAAUAUUCAUGACGUCAGUUUUGUUCAUAUUAUUUAUACAAUAUUACAGAUAUUUUAAGAUGAAAUCAUGUAUAACAAAAUGCCAAAUCAUAGGGUUGUAUAUAGUGUAUCUACUAUAAUUGCCUACUUAAACAACAAGCAAUGUUCACAUUAAUGUUUAUUUUAAAAGUAAUGUUUGCUCUUAUCUCAUUAGGACCAACCAAGUAUAUAUUAAAUGACUUUAUUAGAAUGAUUUGGGAACAAAAAGUUGAAAAAGUUGUCAUGUUGACCAAUCUUGUUGAAAUGGGAAAAGUAAGUUUGUGUGUUGUUGUUGUUUUUUCAUUUUGUUUGUUGUUUUUUUUUUUGUUUUUUUUUGCUAUAGUAUUUUUAAUUAACAAAUUUAUUAUUUAAAUAACAUGUCAGGAGAAGAUUUUUUAACCUUAUCUAUUAAAGGAAACGUAAAUGUAAAAGUAAUUAUUUUAAUUAUAGAGAUAACUCAAAUGAGAAAUACACUCUAUGAAAAUUGAACGAAAUUCCUAUCUCUUAUGUAUUUAUUGCAUGUGGUGUGACUGCUUCCAUUUCCGUAUAGCGCGCAAAAUAUAAUUCCCGAUAACUACGGGUUAUGUUUCUUUUUAAAUUGAAAUGCGUAAUAUUUUCUGUUCGGAAAUGAAAUCGUCUCAAUUUAAAUAGGGUGUAAAUAAUAAUCGGUUUAAAAGUGGUUGAGACACCAUAAUAUCAAUAUAGUUCAUGGGUGUGACAUAAAAAGAGUGGAGUUACGUAUUAUUGGAGAAGGGUGUAGCAAAAAUUGGGAUUCUUAAAUGUGCGUGACUUGAGAUAUGUUUGCAAAGUAACUUUAGUAAAUGGGAAGUUCCUGCAUUGAGGUCGACAAUGUUUUGCGAGCUAUAACAAGUAUUUAGUUUCAAAUAAUCAGAGUAGCAUUUAAUGAUUGUGAACAAACAAACAUUAACAGAGACAAUAUUUAUGCAAGUAUUGUUAAAGGUGCAAUAAUUAUGGGCAUUAUUUUUGGUUGGGUUUGUCUACAACAGAACAUUACAUCCAAGACAAAUUACAUCGAAGUCAGACUCGCCUUUGCAUCGAACACAGAAGAUGCUCUGCAGCGGUUAAUUAUUCAUCUUUAACACGCAUGUAAAGAGUUUGGACUGUCAAAUAGUCUAAAGUAAACAAAUGUUAUGAUGAAAUAAGUCCCCUCUCAGCAUAAGUAUUGAGGAAAAUAAUCUGUAAUUGAAAAUUUCAAAUAUCUUGGAUCCUAUAUCUCUAGUUUACUCUCCAUUGACGAAAAGGGGAAUAUCAGUAUCUCAAAAGCAGCAGGAGCUAUUUCUAAAUUGAAUAAGCGGGUGUUGAAUAAUAUAUCUGGAAUUUAAAAAUUAAGCGUCUAUCAGGCAAGCGGUUAUAGUACGCAGCUAUAUGGCAGUAGAUUUUAGACCACAUCAACCAGUCAUGAGAGAAAGCUGAACAACUUCCACAAAAGAUUUCUAGUUUUCAUUUUGCGCAUUCGAUGACAGGAGUAUAUGCCCAACACAGGUUUUGAAACGUGCUAAAAUGUUCAGCAUUUCUGCGUAAGAGACGCCUUUGCCUGUCAGGCCUUUUAAAUAAAAUGGAGGAAAGGUUUGCUGUAUGGAGUGUUGGCAGAGGGGGAAAGACCUUCUGGAUCACCGGGCUGCGAUUUCAUUACGUUCGUGUGACAAACAUGAGAGACGACAACAUAGGAAUAAAGGAGUAGGAAGUCAUUGCUGAACACCAUUACAUCUGACGAAAAGCAGUGUAUGAAGGAGUUAGACAGGCAGCAGAUUAGUGAAACGAAACAAUUGCAACAUAAAGAACAUUACGAAAGGCCACAUAUACCCAGGAUCAAAAUUUGUCGUGCGACAGUGCGGCCAAAAAUGUAAUUCCAAGAUCGGCCUCGUAAGCCAUUUGAUUAAAUGUCAAUAGUGCUCCAAUUUUUGCGAAGACUUUAGGAGGUCAUAUAGGUAUAUCUUAUAUAACCAAGACUAUUGUAUGAAGAUUAUGAACGCAUUAUAUUUCAAGAAUCCAAAUGAUUAUACCCCCGCCCCCAAUUUAAUUUAACCAGUCCAAGUGUGAUCCAUACUGGCCAGAUGAAGAUGAGUCGACAUUUGGAGAAAUACGUGUCAGGCUGGCUGCUACACAAGUUUUUGCUGAUUAUAUUAUACGGCGUCUUCAAUUUUACCUGGUAUGUUAGUUUGAUACACUUAAGUUUUUUUUUAAUUAUGAGAAAUACGUUUUACUUUGUCAAUGUUCUAGUUUUAAUACAUAUUCAGUUAACAAAAUAUAUUUCAAAGGUAAAAAAUAUUAAUAAUUCAAACUCAUAAGUUUUAAACAAGGAAAAUAAAUAAUAUGAAAAAUGCAAGUGAAAUGUGUAUGUCUUUGUGUACAUAUUUUGUUUAAAUUCUAUUAUCAGAUUUAACAAAUAUUUGAUCCUAUUGAAAAAAUAAUCCAUGAUUCGAAAAUUUAUUAAACUUGUUAACUAUUCUAUCCACCGAUCCAGGACUCACAUCCAAUGCAUCCAGUGACACAGUUUCACUUCACAUCCUGGCCAGACAAGGGUGUACCAGAAAACCCCUGGGCUCUAGUUGACUUUGAACAAAGAGUGGCGGCUACUGCAACCAACAGGCCCAUAGUGGUUCACUGCAGGUUGGAAAAUAUAACUAUUACUUAAUUUCAGAUAACCUUAUGACAUAUCUUUAAUGAAUCUUGAAUUCGGCUGUAAUAUUGAGAGACAUUAAAUAUUUUAUUUUAGGAGGGAAGAAAAUGUUUACUUGUAACAAAAAUAAAACAUACUAAAAAUGUAACAAUAUGUAUUUCGUUUUAAAUGUGACAAAAUUAAAAAUGUUAUUGUAAUGAUCUCUUUCAAAAGAGGGUUAAAAAUAUAAAUUUAGAUUUUUCAGACCAUCAUUUUAAAUUUAUGUAAAAAUAGUAUUUUAUCCCAAUUUUUGUUCUUUGUCCAGACAUUUUUACUUUAAUUUUUUUUAAAAAGAAUAUUGCAUGCGAUAUAAAUUUAACUUUAUCUUUUCUUUUCGUCAGUGCUGGUGUGGGCCGUACAGGAACAUUCAUAGCUCUACGUAACGUAAUGAGAGAAGCUGAUGAUACACAACAGAUGGAUUUUUUCAAUACAGUGGCCAAAAUCAGGCAGGACAGGACGAUGAUGAUACAGACAGCCGUGAGAUUUUUUAGCAUCACUUUUUAUUAG